CGGCUAGACGGUGCCCACGCUUCGGCUUCGGGGGAACAGCGCAGUGCAUGCUGGGGCCUCCUCGCUUUGGGAAAGCGCGGGACUGAUAAAAGUACGGGUCCCGAGAGGUUGUUUGGAGUCUGGGUGUAAAAGCGUGGUGGCAUCUCAGAUAAGAACAGAUCACACUUUUAAGCUUUACAGACUAAAGAAAAGUAAGAGGGGCGAAGUCUAAAAAAUGAAACCGCUUCUGACCAUCUGCUGGCUGCUUAGAUGUUCAAACAGAUUCUCUGUAAAACCAAGCCCUCCUGUGAGUUUCUCCACUUCCUCUUAUGUGUGUGGCAAGAAGAAAAAAAACUCUUACGAAACAGUAGACCAAGUGAAGUACUCUCGUUUAGUACGCUCUGUCUUGUCCAGAGGCCCGGUCCAGACUCCAGAGUCACUGUUCAAGGAAGAUGAUGUGCUCUAUGGUCCUGUGAGUAAGUGUAAGGUUCCAGAGCAAGAGCCGCAGGCCAGAGCUCCACGACACUGGUUUCCUAUCUUCAAUGAAGAGAGAGCCAUGAAACCACACACAGGCGGUUCUUCAAGUCCUUUGAAGAUCCCUUUGCAAAGAAACAUGAUACCCAGUGUGACCCGCAUCCUUCAGCAGACCAUGCCACCUGAGCAGAGUUUCUUUUUGGAGAGGUGGAAACAGCGGAUGGUUCUGGAGCUGGGAGAAGAUGGAUUUGCACAGUAUACUUCAAAUGUGUUUUUACAAGGCAGACAGUUCCAUGAAGCCUUGGAAAGCAUACUUUCACCCCAGGAGAACUUAAAAGGGGGAGAAGAGCACCCCCAGCAUGGCUACAUCAAAAGCAUCCAGCAUAUUCUGAAAGAUAUCAGUGGUGUGCAAGCUCUGGAGAGUGCUGUCCAGCAUGAGGCCUUGAAGUACGCAGGGCUCCUGGACUGCGUGGCUGAGUACCAGGGCAAGCUGUGUGUGAUCGAUUGGAAGACAUCAGAAAAACCAAAACCUUUUAUUCAAAAUACAUACGACAAUCCACUACAAGUCGUGGCGUACAUGGGUGCCGUAAACCACGAUGCCCACUACAGUUUUCAGGUUCAGUGUGGAUUAAUUGUGGUGGCCUAUAAGGAUGGGUCCCCUGCCCACCCUCACUUCAUGGAUGAAGAGCUCUGUUCUAAGUAUUGGGUCAAGUGGCUUCUUCGACUAGAAGAAUAUACAGAAAAGCAAAAGAACCAGAGCAUUCCAAAGCCAGCGUAGAGGCCAGGGCAUUACUUGGAAAUGCUGAGCAGAUCCCUCUGUUUGGGAGAUGCACUGCUGUCCACUGAGUUUUUAAAGAGGAGUGCCGAGAAUCUGAGGGCUACAUUAACCCAAGCUGGAGGUGUAGUGGGUCAGAAUAUAUCUACUGAGAAGCCAGAGAGUCUGGAGGUCAGCCCUUGACUCACCAGCUGCACGACCUCUGACUGUUUCUCACCUGAGAGGAGGACACUUGGAUUGGCAGCUGCCUGGGGAUUUCUGGACUUUCUUGCAAACCUUUGUGUCCCUGGCAGGAUGCCCAGUCUUUGAAUUGAGAUCAGAAGGCCAAUUGAAGCAUCAUGUGCCACACAUGUCCCUAGGGUUCUCAGGGAUGGGAGGGUCCCUGCACCCCUAGGGUGUACAGAGGGAGAACAAGCACAUCUGGUGUCAUCACUGCACAGUUUCCUAGAAGGUGUUUUAUACCCUGGGACUCUGUGUCAUUAGGGGAAACUUCUUAAAUUCAUUCAUAUUGAAUAGUUGGCCUGGCUGCCUGGAGAGCUGGGGUGCUCACCUCGUCAUUGGCUGGAUUCUUUUCCUUACCAGAGAAGCCCCAGCAGGAGGAAGCAUGAGUGUGGAAGUCACCAUCAUUAGGGUUUGGGUAUCUGUUGCUGGUGUCAGUUAGCAGGCCAUGGACUAUAACAAAUACUGUUGUGGGACUUUUUUAACUAGGGGGAACAAUGAUAGAACCUUUCUGUGUUUGAUAGGUAAUAAAAACCAUUGGCUGUUCUUGGAUUUGGGAGAGGGUUUUCUAUUUUAUA